AGUAUCUCUGAGUUGAGACGUAUUGUUGAUGACUUUCCCCUUAAAAACCUUAAGAUUUCAUUUUUGUGGAGUUAUUUAUUUAUUGCGGGUGCUUCCACCACGUAUUACGUGCACGUACACUGAGGUCGGAUCACAAUGUCCAUCCGAUCGCACGGUUCGGUUACCACUGCUUUGUUUACAAUGGAAACGGAUUAAUGUGUAUAGUCUGUUUCUGUCAUCUUUCUAUUAAAAUCUACGACCAUGGAUACGCAACUCGGCAAAAAUUUACGGACAUAUGGAUUUAGAGAAUAUUUAAAAUAUCAACUGCUACCGACUUGUACCAUUUUCUGAUUUUGCGCGAUUCUCUAUUUAGCCACGAAGUUAAUUGAACUGUUUCCUAAAACGCACUAUAGCUGAACAAACACAAUGCUCGAUAGCGCGUGACAAUUGGCGCAAUUCUGUCAACGAGCUGUAAGAGUCGUCUGCUACAUUGAAGAACUACUGUGAUGUGUGUCUGUGUGUGUGAUCUCUUCGGAAUAUUAGAAAUACUGGCGUAUUACUAUAAAUAAUAACAUAUUUUCGCAAUCAUGUCGGGAGAAUCGGUAAAGGUUGCUGUGCGGGUCAGGCCUUUUAAUCAGAGAGAGAUAGACAGACAGGCAAAAUGUGUGAUCAAAAUGGAUGGACAGAUGACCAUGAUCUACAAUCCAGAUGCUCCAAAUGAAGACCCAAAGAAAUUUUCAUUUGAUUAUUCGUACUGGUCACAUGAUGGGUUCCGUAUGACACCUGAUGGAAGCGCGGAGCCAGUCAGAGGAAGUACAUACGCUUGUCAGCGGACAGUUUUUGACGACCUUGGCCAGGGGGUCCUGAACAAUGCUUUUGAAGGUUACAAUUGUUCCUUGUUCGCCUAUGGACAGACCGGUUCUGGAAAGUCCUACUCCGUUGUGGGAUAUGGAGUUAACAGGGGUAUUAUUCCAAUCACUUGCGAUGAGUUGUUUAAAACCAUGUCAACAAACAAUGACCCAAAUAAACGUUACGAGGUCCUGUUUUCCAUGCUGGAAAUCUACAAUGAACAAGUGCGUGAUCUGCUUUCAAAGGACAACCCUAAGGGCGGCCUUAAUGUUCGGCAAAACCCCAAACUGGGCAUGUUUUAUGUGGAGGGUCUGAAAAAGGUUCCUGUGGGAAGCUACUCAGAGAUUGAAAAAAGAAUGGAGCAAGGCACCCAGUCUCGAACAGUGGCAUCAACAAACAUGAACGCCACCAGCAGUAGAGCUCACACAGUAGUCACCAUAGUUUUCGACCAGAUUAUCAAGACAAACAACGGCGAAACCAAGAAGAGUUCAACGAUGAACUUGGUGGACUUGGCUGGGUCGGAGAGAGCUGACAGCACAGGAGCUACUGGGGACAGAUUGAAAGAAGGGGCUAACAUCAACAAGUCCCUCUCAGCCCUGGGAAAUGUCAUCUCAGCUCUAGCUGACCUGUCCAUGGGCAAGAAGAAAGUCAUGGUGCCCUAUCGAGACUCCAUCCUUACUAAACUACUACAGAACGCUCUUGGUGGGAACAGUAAAACCAUUAUGAUUGCCGCUUUGUCGCCAGCCGAUAUAAAUUAUGACGAGACACUGAGUACCUUGCGUUAUGCAGAUCGAGCAAAGAAAAUUCAGAAUAAGGCGGUCAUCAAUGAAAAUCCUCUUGACAAAUUGAUCAGAGAACUGAAGGAGGAGAAUGAUCGUCUCCGUAGGGCCAUGGAAGGGGGUGGCAUGACUUUCAAGCAGGAGGCCGGCAUGUCACCAGAAGAUAUAGAUCGCAUGCGUCGCCAGAUGGAAGAAGAGAUUAGAGCCCAGUUGCUGGCCAAUCAACAGUUGUUAGAGGAAUCAGAAAACACACAGACUUGGGACCAGAAGUUGGCGGCUGCCCAACAAGAGACAGACGCUUUGGAUGAGGGGUCCAAAAUGGACCGCCGCAAGAUGGACAUUCACCUCAUCAAUCUUAAUGAAGAUCCCAUGCUGUCUGGUGUCAUUGUUCACUUUGUCAAGGACGGGCAGACAACCAUUGGCCGAAAUGAUGCAGAACAUGCGCAGAGUAUUUGCCUCAGUGGUCUAAGUAUCCAGAAGGAGCAUGCAGUGUUGAUGUGCAAGAACAACAUAGUAGAGAUAGAGCCAGUGUCGGGAAGUGGAUCCAAGACCAAGGUCAACGGCGUGCCCUUGACUACCAAGAAGAAACUUGUGCACAAGGACAGGCUGCUGUUUGGCUCCAACCACCUGUACGUUUUUAUGAACCCCAAGAAGACUGAGGUGACUGAAGAUCUUCCAGCAGAGAUCACGUGGGAGUUUGCACAGAAGGAGAUUGCUCAGGUGAAAGGGUUCGCCACUGCCAUGGGAGCUGGCAUGUCAAAAGAUCAGCAGAUAGCUCAAGAGCAGGUGCUGGAAAUUCUGCCUAUGGUGUCUGAGGUUAAUGCAAUCUCAGAGGAACUGAACAAACAUAAAUCGUUUGAGGUUGUGCUCAUAUCUGCCGCCGCUCAAGAAGCCGCGUACGGCACUACAACUAGCACCUCAGUUACAGUAAAAAUGAAGAACUUACUGAAUGAAAACACCUGGCUCUGGGAGAGGGGCAAGUUCAUGAACAGGCGUUACUUGAUACAGGACCUGUAUCAGAAGUUCUUAGACGGGGACGACAUAUCCAAGAUCCCCAAGGAGGAAGACCCAUUCUGGGAGCCCACAGAGGACGUCAUGAUCGGCUCGGCAAACGUGUUCCUCCAGUCGCUCUCGUACGCGCUGGACUUUGAGGACAAGAUCAUGGUCACGGACUACAAGGGUCAGGAAGAGGGCUUCAUUGUCAUACAUGUGGCCCCCUGCCAGAAGGACGGCAAGCCUCUGGAGGAGGAGGCUUUUGUGGACAACCCUAAGGAGCUACUUGGAAAACCCUACCAUUUUAAGGUGACAGUCAAACACGGGGAAAUCUUCAAGUCCAGGUUUCUGAAAGGAAUACAAGUGAAAUACAGAGUGUACAAAGAUAAAGAUCUAACCGAAACAAAACUGAUGAAAAAUACCCUUAAACCAGAGUUUAAGCAUUCAAAGAUGUUUUCUUUCAACAAAAUCACAAAGGAACAUUUGGAGUUUUUCGAGGGGGGAUGUAUAACGUUCAUGGUAUAUGGCACACAGGAAGAUACAGUUCCAGAUCCCAAGCUUCUGAACUACACAACUCGAGAGUUACGCCAGAUGGAGCUAGGACAGGGUCCUGCCCACGCAGGUGUCACACGUCGUAACACUCACUUCGCCCUGGAGACAGCCUCCGACCAAUCACAUCUCAAGACUGAGGUCCUGUUGCUACAAAGAAAGUACGAGAGGCUAGCGGCGAAAGAACGCCGCAUGCAGGAUAUCUGCAAGGAAUGGGAGAGCAAGCCAGCCAGUGAAAAGCAGUUUGAGCCGUUUUAUAGGGCAGUCUCGGCGGUAGCUCAUAGUUCUGGAACUCGGCUUAAAACUCGAGUGGUUCUUCUGAACCAGAUGUUGAAAGCGCAGCAGCAAAAAUCACGUGACAGUAUUGCCAAAGGCAUUCUGCCCCCAAUUGAACGUAGUAAAACUGAAGUUGUGAGUGAGGACAAAGUUCUUACUUCACAUCGCCAUCACCACCACCACUUGAAUAUCAUGAAAGCUGAGAAAUAUCUACAAGAAAGAAGAGCUAGUCAGCCUAUAAAUGCUGAUGCUAAUGACAUCAGUAAUAAAAAGCAUAAGAAUACAAAUGUUGAGGAUGACGUGAUAAGCAUCUAUGCCUUUGGUGAGGAGGAAGACGAUCUAUGUAAUGAGGCCGAACAAAAUGGCGGAAUGAUUACAUACGAGAAAGUCAAGCAUCUGCAUCACAAAGAUCUUCAACUUACGCGAUCCAAAUCCUUUAUGGAUCAAGAACAGGUUCAGAUGCAGAAUGGACGGACCGUGCGGUCGGCUGAGGGCAGACGCAAAGACGGGAGCUCAGCCUGUGUGUGCAAUGAGGACAGUGGCAAAAUCAAGAAAAAAUAUUUGCUUUAAAGUAUUGACAAUGAUGAUUAUGUUCAUUUGAUUGUGUUGUUUUUAUAGCAUUUACAAAUAUGGAGAAAUCAUUUUUGUUGUUAGUUAUCAUUAAUCGUCUACUUAAUUUAUAUUUUUAGAUCAAGAAAUGAAUGCAUUUUUAAGAAAGUUUUUAUUCUUACGGAUAGAAAGCAAGUUCAUUAUGUAAUUAUUUUGAUGAUCAAUUUAAAACUCCUGUCUUCAGUUUUUCUUAACUGUUAUAAAUAUAACUACUAAUAUGUGCUUAUUUGAAAAUUGAAA